UGCGCGCAAGCUUACGCUUUAGCUCCCCAGAUCAUUAUCCUCUCUUACCCAAAAAUAGGAGUUCAUAACAUUCCUUUCACGACGAAAUGCCUUCCCAUGGCAGGAGGGCCAGGCCGACGUAGAUACCCGUAUUCGCCAGCUGUUCUGAGCCCAUUCAUUGUUGGAUGGCCCUCACUGACACUGGCCGCAAUUACAGACCCGCCCCGUCAUCUCUUCCUGACUAUGGUGCAUCGAGCACGGCCGCUCGGUCCGGUUCACCGUCGAGUUCGAUGCCGAAGAUCAAAAAGAAUUGAAAGGGGUGUCAUAGGAAGGGCAAGAAGGGUGAUGAGAGGCACGGUUCCGUGAUUGGUUCUUAUAACGUAUUCAAUAUAGUCUACGCGGGGUUUUCAUUUGAUAACUA